AUGCUACGUGCUCUUGGUUUCAGAAGGCAAGAAACUUUGUCGCAAGAUGAAGCCACGCCGUUAAUUUUACAACAAGCUCAUGAUUUCGAACUUGCUUUACAAUCAAUGGAUUACUUAUUAGAUGAUCGUACCAAAGAAGGACUUCAUUUGAUUGAAGACGACCCAAAUUGUACAAUCAAAGUGCUAGCAAAUGGUGUUAUCAAGUUUUUAGAAGCAACUUUAGGCUUUGAACCUGAAGUUAUGAAGAAAGCUGGUGAAAUUUUAACAAAAGCUGAAACUUUAUCACAUAGAGAUCGUUCGAAAUACCAAAAGAUGAAAUUGAAAACUUCUGCAAAUUUCCCACCAGGUACUGAGUAUGCUGUCACUUAUGCUGAAGCUAAUUUGUUGAACGCCUUAAUUAUGUUAUUAUCAGAAAGUAUGAUUGAAAGUGCCAAAGCUUUAUACAAGUUGAGAAAAGCUUAUCAUACAUUAGAUGAAGUGUUUGUACUCAUACGAGAAUAUGAAGCUCGUCAGAAACUUCAAAAACAAAAAGAAGGUGACUUAAACAAUAUUCCUAAUCAAAGCUCAUCAACCAUUAACUCUGAUACAAGCAGUGUCUUUGCAGACAUUCCAUUUUCAUUAAGCACCGAACAAUUAAAAGAUACCAAGAUAACAGGAUUUGCUGAAAAUAUUCAAAGAAUGAGAUCACUUAGAUUAAACGGUGCUCAUAUCGGUAAUACACCAGCUACAGAUAGACUAAGAUCGGAAUUAGGGUAUAAUAAAGAAGCAUCAGAAACUGUUGAUUCUGACUCCAACUCCACAGCUGAACAAAGAGCCAUUGAUGAAUCUCAAUCCACAGUUGAUGAAUUUAUAAUCUCUGGUGCUAAUUUAUGUUUUGGUAUUUUGCAAUUAGUGCUUUCAUUGAUCCCACCAGCGAUUGGAAAAGUUUUAUCAGUUGUUGGUUUCAGAGGUUCCAGAGAAAAUGGACUUAAAAUGAUUUGGAAAUCAGUUGAAGGGAGAAAUGUUCAUGGUUGUAUUGGAUUAUUGGCCCUUUUGGUGUUUUAUGAUGGUCCCUUCCAAUUCACUGAUGCUGAUUUUGAUAUUCCAGAUCUAUCACGUACUAAAUCAACAACUUCAACAACUCAUUCAGAACAAAAAUUAUCACUACAGAAAACCCUAAUUGGGAAACCAACUCUAUUACACCCUGGUAAAAAACUGGAGGAUGCAUUACUUUACGCUAGAGCAUUAUUUCCACAUUCUGCAUUAUGGUUGCUACAAGAAUCACGUAUGUUGGCUUCAAGAGGCCGUUUAGAGGAAGCAUUGGACCUUAUGGAUAGUCUUGAUAGAAAGAUUGAAAUGAGACAAGUUGAAGCUUUACUAGUUUUCGAUAGAACUAUGAUUUUGAUCUUUUUGCACAAAUAUGAAAGAGCAGCACAAGAUUUGAAAACAUUAGUUGACAUUAAUGGUUGGUCUCCUGGGCUUUACACUUAUUGUGCUGGUUGUUGUUAUUUGGAAUUAUAUCGUAUGUGCAAAAUGGGUAUAAUUACUGAUAAAGAAGAAUUGAAACGUGAAGGUUACUUUAGAAAGAAAGCGGAACAGUUAAUUUUGGAAGCUCCACAAUAUAGUAAAAGUGGGAAAAUUAAUGGUAAACAAAUGCCCUUUGACAAAUUUUUGAUCAGAAAAAUAACACAAUUUGAACAGACUGCACAGACUUAUAAAGUUGAUUUCAUUGAUGCUAUUGGUACUUCACCUGUUCAUGAAUUGGCAUAUUUUUGGAACGGUUAUAAUAGAAUGCCAGAAGAACAUUUACAAAUUGCCACAAAAUUAUUGGAUUAUAGUGUUUCUGAACAUGCUAAAGUUCCUGAAAUUCAAAACCAAUCAAUGAUUCGUAAUUUGUUACAGUCAAUCACAUUAAGAAGAUUAGGUGAAUUUUCAAAAGGUGAUGAAUUGAUAGAUAAAAAAGUCUUGAAAUACAUUAUUGAACUUGAUGAUCCUAGAGAACCUGAUUAUAGAUUCAUUAGACACACUGAUGAUCCAUGGUUAUACCCAACUGCAUUGUAUGAAAAGGCAUUAUUUGUCUGGAAAGAAUCUGGAAUUAAUGGGUUAGAGGAAUCUAAAGAAUGGCUGAAACGAGCACAGGCAUACUCAGAUGAUUAUGAACUAAGUACUAGAGUUUCCAUGAAAAUCAAAGCAGCUUUAGAUAGACUAGAAGACCUUUAA